AUAGAAUCAUUAAUGAUUACAUAAAUUAAUUAUUUAAUGUAAAUUGUAAAAUAGAUUUUGAUAAGUAAUUUUUAAAUUCUAUGGGUUCUGAUGUAGCCGUUACUGAUUUUCCUCCUUCCACAUUUAAACUAGAAAAUUUAUCUCAGUUGGAGGAGGAAUACUUAGAUAAAAUUAUUAAAAAGGCUCUUCCGUCUAAUUAUAACUUUGAAGUUAAAAAAUGUGUGUACAGAAUAAGACGGAACCGGUAUUCUUCAGUAUGCCUUCAGAUGCCUGAAGGGCUAUUAAACUGGUCUGUUGAAAUAAGUGAAAUCUUAUUAUUUUUCUGCAACUCAUUGAAAGAGGUUGUUAUAAUGGGUGAUGUAACUUACGGAGCCUGCUGUAUAGAUGAUUACACUGCAACCUCUCUCGGUUGCGAAUUACUUAUUCAUUAUGGGCAUUCAUGCUUAAUACCAGUAACUGAGGUCACAGUUAAUUGUUUGUAUGUUUUUGUUGAAAUAUCAUUUUCCGCCCAAAAACUUUCAUCGUCAAUUGAGUCUUGUUUUGGUCCAAAUGAACACAUUUUAAUGAUGGGCACAAUUCAAUACUCAAAUGUUAUCCGUGAGUCAGCCUCAAUAAUGAACAACAAUAAACAUUUUAAAUAUCUAGUUGAUGUUCCCCAAGUAUCACCACUUCUGCCCGGGGAAGUUUUAGGCUGUACUUCACCAGUAAUUGAACUAAAGCCACGAAUUAAACCUGGUUUUGAAGAAUCUUCUGAUGUUUCCAGCAGUAUAAUUUUUGUUGCUGAUGGUAGAUUUCACCUUGAGAGCACUCUUAUCCAGAAUCCAGGCAUUAAUCUUUAUCGCUUCGACCCGUUUAAUAAGAUUUUCACUGAGGAAACUUAUGAUUUGGAUGCUCUGCAUAGAGUUCGUUACAACUCGAUUUUAACAGCUAGGAAUUCUAAACGCGUUGGUAUUGUGCUCAGUACCCUUGGCAGACAGGGUAAUAUCAACAUCAUGAACAACAUCUGUGAUCUUUUGUUAUCUAAGAAUAUUAAGCAUUUCAAGAUAUUGGUGUCUGAAAUCACAACUGAUCAUUUGAAAACACUCGACUUCGACUGUUUCAUCCAGAUUGGUUGCCCUAGACUAAGCAUAGAUUGGGGGGCUUCAUUUCCUAAGCCACUGUUAAAUCCAUAUGAAGCAUAUGUUGCAUUCAAGAAUAUUGAGUAUAAAUCAGUUUAUCCCAUGGACUACUACUCCAAGUGUGGUGGAGAGUGGACUAACAGCUCAGCCAAUGCCAGUUGUUGUAAGAACCCAAGUGUCAAGGAAUCCAUUAAACAGCGACUUUUACAGAGAACGCUCAUGUCGAAACACUUAUCAUACUCUAAAUGAAUGGAAACACCUUUAAUAACUGUAAAAUAGACCACUGUAAAAUAUAUCGUAUCAAUUUAAUAUACCAAACUCAGUUAAUAUUAUAAUAUAC